AUGGAUUUAACGCAGUUAUUCCACGCCAGUGUCAAGACUGCUCGAAUACGAAGUAAAGCGUUAGGCCUGGAAGGUGACUAUUCCAGGAAUAUCUUGCCAAGAGAGAAGAAAAUUUGUGAAUUUUCGAAACGAGCUAAAGGCUUGAUUGCUAAUAUAUCGAAAUUAAGCGACUUUUUGGCUAAUUAUAAAACUGAAUUCCUAAGUAUGUCAAGCCAACUGGUUACGGAUUCAUCGUCUUAUCAUGACCACAAAUUUGAUCAUGUUGUUGCUGAAACACAAAAAUUAAUGAUUAAUUGCAGUAAUAGUAUCACCUUACUUCGAUCAGAAGUCAAUCAAAAUAAACUCGAUGCCCAAAAUUCCAUGCACCGUCAAAAUGUGUUAGCAUUGGUUGAAAAAUAUUUUAAAGGUAUUACUAUUAAUCUACCCUAUAGUAAUCACAAUUGCACUUCUGAUGUGUCGAAAAAUUUUAAUGAUUUGAAAAAUACCAGAACACAACGCCUUGGAGAUAAAAAGAAAUUAGGACGACUAGGUGUGGAUUCGCAAAGGAACACAGAACACAUUGCCCAAUUAAAAACUGAUUUUGAAUCGCUGCAUCCAGACGAAGAUUCUGACGAAGAAUUAAAUGAUGCAGAAAGGAUUCAGUUAAUGGAAGAAAAUAAGAGAAUAUUCGAAGAAAUGGGCUCAAUGGUCGACGAAAUAAGGAGAGUUGAGGAAAGUGUAGUUGAGAUAUCAAAGUUACAAAAUUUAUUUGCUGAGAAAACUUUGGAACAGAGCAAACAAAUUGAAAAUAUUUCCGAUAAAAUGGUGGAUACAACGGAAAAUAUCAAAGAAGGCAAUGAAGAGAUUCGAGAGGCAAUCAAAAAUAAUGCUGGUUUUCGUGUAUGGAUCUUGCUAUUUUUAAUGAUGUGCUCAUUGUCUCUAAUUUUACUUGACUGGUUUAGUUAA